CCGAAACGCAAAGCAAACAAAGAAACCGGCGAGCGCGAACUCGCCGGCGCAUGGAACGCCAUGGCUUUCCGCAGUGCCCGCAGCGCACGGCUUGGAGGACCCAGCGACCGGCGCCGAGACUUCGGGUCCCGGACCAACUCGCUGCCGCCGACCCCGUCGCCGCGGCUGGCGCGGAGCGCUCCGGCGCCAGGCUUGCCGGCGCUGGUCCUGCCGCGCUCGCCCUCCGCAGGCGCCAAAUCCUCGAGAGGCGGCAGCUCCCGGAGCGACGCGCUCGCGCAGAACGCCGCGGAGGCCGCCCCGAAGGGCGAGGAGCCCGCGCGCAGCGAGGACGCAGGCUAUUCGCCCAGCGCUGACGGCGAGUCGGAGGACGAGGAGCUGGCGGAGCAGCUCUUAGAGCUGGAGGAGCUCACGGCGCACCUGGCACGCCGCGACCGAGGUGAGAAUGCAAGGCCGCCCACCGGCGGCUCGGAGUCCACCACUGCGCCUGCCAGCUGUCUUACGGUGACCUCGGUGGAUGAAGAUCCUGUGACUGCGGAUGCGCCGGAUGCCGCAGAGGACUCCUGGGAUUUGCAGGGCGCGCCACGCGCACACCAGGAGAUGGCGCAACUGCGGCUGCCCCACGGCUGCCGGCUGGAGACUAGCCAAGCCUCCUUCGCGCAGCUCUUUUACACCAUCGACGUGGCCGAGGGGCCUUUUACGCCGGCAUCGCUCACUUUCUGGGUGAAGAUCUUCCAGGAGUACCCGCUCCCGGGCAGCGUCAGCGUGCGGUGCACCAAGCGUGUCUUCCACCCAAGCAUCGACGCCCAGACUGGCGCUGUGGCCAUUCCAGGUCAGCCGGAGCUGGGGGACGCUACAGAGCUCAAGCUGAGCUCCCUUCUGAGUGCUCUCACGACCUUGGUCAAGGCGCCGGCGUCGGUGCCAAGCCCUUUGAACCCGGAGGCCGCGACGCUGCUGGCGGCAGACCCCGAGGAGUUCCGGCGCGCCGUGCGCCUGGCGAUGAACGGGGGGGAGGUGAACGCCCAGCGCUACGACAAGGUGGUGGGGCCCAAGGCAGCAGCCGCGCCAGUAAAGGUAGCAGCCGUGUCUGAGAAGAUGCGGCUGGAUCUCAUGAACCUGGAGGUCAUGAAGGAGGACUUCAAGGCCACGGCUGCGGCCUACCUGGAGAACAACCGCGCAGAGCUACGGGUCCUGAGAUGAAGCGGCGAGAAGGCCACUCAGCCGCGGUCUGGAAGACGGUCUGCUGGGCGUGCCAAAAUACG